UCCCGACGCCGCCUCUAAAAGCGCUGCUGAGCUGCACAGCGCUUCCAGCCCCGGCGCUGCUGUGCGGGACGAGAGCAGCAACAGCACGAGUGCAGCAGUCAGAGCUGGGACACAGCGCAGCGCUGCUUUGGCUCCCCGUGUGAGUGUGAGCGCUCUCCCGAUGGCAGGACGUCACAGCACAGGGUCCCAGCUGGGCAUCAUCCUGGUGGGGAAGACAGGGAAUGGGAAGAGUGCGACAGGGAACACCAUCCUUGGGAGGAAGGCAUUUCAUUCUGCACUGUCAGCACAGUCAGUAACCCAGGAGUGCAAGGAAGCUGAAGGCCUCUUUGCUGGAAGACCUGUUGGUGUCGUUGACACUCCUGGGCUCUUUGACACAAAAGAAGGCAACCUGACAACCGUUGAAAAGAUUAAGAACGCCAUCCAGCGUCUCCCAGGUGUCCAUGCCAUCAUCCUGGUGAUGCAGCUGAGCCGAAUGACUAAGGAAGAGCAGGAAGUGGCUGAAUGGGUGGCCAAAAUUUUCCAUACUAAUGCCGAGAAGUACACAAUCCUGUUAUUCACCCGAGCGGAAGAGCUGGAGCAUCCAGAAGACCUGAAGGACUUCGUAGAAAACAGCCCAUACCUCAAGGGUUUGGCAAGGAAGUGUGGAAAUCGAUACAUUGGAUUCAACAACAGAGCCACCGGGGAGGCGAGGGAUCAGCAGGUUGCAGAUCUCAUCAGCAUGAUUGAUGUCAUGGUCGGGGGGAAUCGUGAUGCUCCGUGUUACACACGACUAAUGCUGGAGAAGGACACACGCACCUUCUUCCAGAAGUUUUGUACCAUCCUGUAGGCAGCGAGCGCUCGGUGUGGGAGGCGCCGUCUCCUCCGCCGUGCCGCCCCUGCUGUGCUCUGCAGACGCCGCUCUCCUUCCUCGCUCGCAGUUCCCAUCCUCACCCCCGCGCCCUUUGCUUUCCCCCGCCCCGUGUCACCGCUUUC